UGGAGGCUAGCAAAAUUAAGAGUUAAAAACGUGUUAAAAAGCUUGCGAGGCAAAGUCAUCAAAACCACACAAAGAGGGGAGGGAUCAAGGAAGAGAAACGAAAAUGGGAAUCAUGGCGAAGGCCAGAAGCAGCAAAAACAACAGUGAAAAUUGGGGCAUGGAGGGCUUGCUCCUAGUCUUCUUCCCUGAAGACACCUCCACCGCCGACGCCGACGCCACUGCUCCAUUCUGCCCCUCCUCUCCAUCAACCCCAUCACUGGCUACUCCCAACAGUAACUCAUCAAAAAUAAUUAAAAGGACCAACUCAAACAACCCCAUAAUCACGAAGACUCAAUCCACCAUCUCGAUUUGUGCUCUUUUACUCUUCCUCACCCUCCUUCUCUUCACUCUCUCAACUUUUGAACCCGCAAUCCCCAACCCGUCCACCACCAUUAGUAUCAACAAAACCCCACGUAGAUUCUUGUCUCAAAACAAGCUUAAACCCACCAAAACCAGUUACUUCUCUAUGUUUUCAAGAACAUUUUGGCCAAAAGAUGAUAAAAGAAGUGAAAAGUUUCGUUCUUUAUUUGCUUUACAAGGAAUGGGCAAGCUUUACAGGCGUGGGACUAGAGCAAUGAGUGAUCUUGUUGUUGCUCAUGUAAUGGAAGAGACUACUGAAGCUGAAUUUAGACUCUUUUUAAGAGUCUUGCAUCGGUCAGGUCUCACGGCAAGAGCUGAUGCUGUCUUUGUCUUUCCUUCCUCUUUAUUCGCUACAAGAUUUCAAUCAUUGAUUCAAGAAGAGAAUGACUCGUUCUUGAAACUUGUUAAUUACUACAAACAAUUGAAUAGAACGAGUCAGGACUCCGUGUUGGCGUCGAGUUUUGACGUGAGUCAGUUUUUGAAGAGUGGGAAGAAGCAGAUGGGUGAGCCUCUGUGGGGAAAGAGAAUUAGAGUUGAUGGCAAUGGCAAUUCUAGUGAGUCGGGGGAGGGCGAGGGUGAGUUGACUCUGUUGAGUUAUGGCUCAGUGGUGGGUUUUGAUGCGAGUGAGCUUGACCCGGAAAAUUCACUUGCGGGGUUUCUAGACUAUGUGCCAAUGAGUUUGAGAAGAUGGGCUUGUUAUCCAAUGUUACUCGGCCGAGUUAGGAGAAACUUCAAGCAUGUAAUGUUAGUGGAUGUCAAAAAAGUGGUUUUUUUCAGAGACCCACUCGGCCAAGUCAGGAACCGGAGUCCAGAGUCGGUGUAUAUUAGAAUAAAACAAGAAAGUUGUUCGAACAAGCAUCACAGGAAAAACUCGGAGCAAACUCAGUCCAAUUGUCAAGUUAACUCAGCGAUCUUGAUGGGUGGAGCACGGGGAAUUCGGAGAUUGUCUAGCGCAAUGUUAACUGAGAUCGCUCGAGCAGCCAUGCAACACAAGAAGAAGAGCUCAGUUACAGAGUCAGGGAUAUUAACUCAACUCGUCGACAAGGUGCAUAUAUUGAAGAUUAUUGACUUGAUUACAGCGACCGAGUCAAUCCCGGGUAUGAGUUCACUCACUGGCUCAAACUCGUCUUUGUGGAAUAAUUAUAGUAUAAUCCAACUCGGGGUUAAUAGUAAUUAUGAUAUGAUUAACUCAAUUAUUACAAGGCAAAUAUGUUCAUGGGAAGUAGAAUCUUCUGUUUAUAGUGAUUGUUAAUCAGCAAAUUACAAAGAAGAAAUAGAUUAUUAUUUUUUA